GAGGAGCCGUAAUUAGGAAAACAAAAUACAAUUGUCAAUUGUUUCAUUUCAUUUCAUCAUCGUCCAUUAUUUUUUCCCAUUUUCUUUUUUCUUAUGAUGUUUGUCUGUUGAGAUCUUCUUCUCACUUCAAUCUCCAAACCUUUCUCUGCGCAACAAUUACAACCCCUCUUAUCUAAAUUUACAUUCUUUUUCCCAACCCCCAAUUCUCGCCGGAAAACCACUACCCCUCCAUACCCACAUCGCCCAAACCAGUUUUCCGGUACCCAAAAGCCCCUUUUCACGCCCUACACCCAUCUUUCGUUCCGUCUUUGCCGCUUUUUCCGCUCGCCGGAGAGCCUCGCCUUUUUUUUUUUAAUUUCAAACAAGGGCGGCGUUUGCUAACGUGAGCCGGGUGCGCAGGAUAUUGUUUUAAAAAAAAAAGGUUGUUGUGGUUUUGAUCAGAGGCGUACACGUGGACGGCGAUGGGAACGGAGGUGAUGGGGAGGUGGGGCACCUGGGAGGAGCUCCUACUCGGCGGGGCCGUUCUCCGCCACGGAACCCGAGAUUGGAACGUCGUCGCCGCCGAGCUCCGGGCCCGAACAGUUUCUCCCUACACCAUUACUUCUGAGGUCUGUAAAGCUAAAUAUGAAGACUUGCAAAGACGUUAUGCUGGGAGCAAGGCUUGGUUUGAGGAGCUUAGGAAGACAAGAGUAGCAGAGCUGAAGAGGGCUCUGGAGCUAUCUGAAGAUUCAAUUGGGUCUCUCGAAUCUAAGCUUGAAAGCCUCAAGGCUGGGAAGAAUGAGAAAAGAGAUGAUUGUCAUGUUGAUAAAGGAUCAGGUCAUCCAAAGUUACAUGUAGCAUCACAGAAAUUGGAGAGAGUUGAAUCUUCCACUAAAGAGACAUCAAAGGAUGGACUAUCUGCUGGGAGUUUCACACAUGAAACCAGGACAAACUGGUCUCCUGAGUGUCCACUUCCAGCUGAAGAUAUGGAGGCUAAGCCUGAGGUUUCGCACUCCACUGAGCAGGAUAAAGUUUUGAGUGUAGAUAAGUUGGCACAUACCAUAUACGAAGGACAUGGAGGAAGUUUCAGAAAACGGAGAGGGAAGAGGAAGCGGAAGGAUUGCGGCAGGAAUAUGAAAGAAGCUAGUGUGGGGGAAAGUGAUUUGUUGGAUUCAGCUGACGUGGUUUCCCGGUGUAAAGAAAGUUCUACCAGCAACUGUGGUGAAGUUGCCAAAUCUUGUGGUGCAGAUGAUCAAAAUAGGAACCUGAAAAAGGAACGCGUGGAAAACAUUAUGGAGAUUUUGGAUUCUGUUUUUGAAACUAAAGGUGCUUCUGCCUUCCGUCGCAGACUUGAUAGUCAGAAGAGAGGAAGGUACAAGAAAAUGAUCCGGCAGCACAUGGACUUUGACACUAUAAGGUCAAGAAUUAGCAGCCAAACAAUUAAGUCAAGUGUAGAACUUUUCCGAGACUUGCUUCUACUCACUAACAAUGCCUUAGUCUUCUACUCCAAGAGCACUCGUGAAUACAAAUCUGCCCUUCUGCUAAGAGACAUUGUCACUAAAAAAAUGAAAGAAAGUUUGAAGGGUACAAGCACCAAAGCCACCAUACAAGCUACUACUAAUGAGCCUAUUAAAUUACCUGUGCAAAAUCCUCAUGUGAAACCAAGAAGUGUAAGGCCAGGCAACAGAAAAAUAGUUGCAAAAGCAGUUGGUGGCAACAAUUCUGCAUCAGGGGUGUCACAUGGAACUAAAAAACCUAGUAAAGUUGAUUCUCCAUCUUCUGUAGAAUCCUUAACUGUGAAGAAGAAAGGUUUUGGUCGACCAAAAAAAGUUGGACGUGGGGCUGCAGGUCAAAGGCCUGCAAUACCAACGAAGGGAAAGAAAAGAGUUAGAACAAAGUGAUACUGAUAGUGCUUUAACCAAUAGGUUUCUUUGUACAAAGAUUUUUCCAUUUUGGUUAGAUAUUUUUUGUUUGUUUGCUUUAAUGAACGACCAAGGCUCAGGCAACAUGCAGAAGAAACUUGGAUUAGUUGCAGGACUGGAGGGAAACUAACUACAGAUAUUUGAUGGAAUAGUUCUAAAUUAUAGUAACUGAUGUAGAGAAGUUUCCGAUGGAAGUAGUCACCUUUUUGCUUUUAUACAACAUUUAAAUCUUGUAAAUUGUAAGUACAAAUUUUGAUUGUAGCAAAAGUGUACUAAUUUUGAUGGAUGAGCAUGUUAA